CACACCCCUAAAUCUCUCUCGCUGUCCGGGUGCGCAAUUUGUUUGUCCCUGUUCUGUGUGCAUGUGCAGUGGGUUGGUAGGCAUUUUGUUUAAUUCGUUCUGCAGCCUAGUCAGACAACCCACGUGCCAGUGUCGAUUCGGUUAAAUCCAAGAUAGCACUCGAGUCAGAGCAGCCGAAGCCAGCGCGUUUUUUUUACGGGAUGAAAUAAAAGCUGUUUCGGGACCAUCGCUAGGUGGGAGUGUUGGGGGCGCCGCAGGUGUGUCACGAACAGGGUCGCGAGACUGACGAGUGGUCAGUCUGGUCCAACUUUGCCGAACAAAGCCGUUAAAUUCACGGUGGCAGAAUCAAUGACUGACUGAGUACUCUGGAGCAAGCAGCAGGGAGAUCAAUCAACAUGUUCAAAUCGGUCUUCCCGCUGAAGAAGCUGAGACGGAGUCGGAAACAUCUGCUGUUCUUAGCCCUGCUGAUGCUGGGAGCUUUCGCUGUUUACCAGGAGUUUGUAGCCACUAGUGUGUGGAGGAUCACCAAUAGCCGUUUCAGUCCUACCAGUGAGGGCAGUCCCAGGAGAAGACCUACCCAAGAAAGAGUGGUUGGAGGUGAUGUGGGGGAGGAUUAUUCAGAAGCCUGGCGUUCCAGCUACACCCCACAGCCCUGGAGGCCAGAGUAUAAGGGACAGGUUAAUCUCCAUAUCUUUGAGGACUGGUGUGGCAGCUCUACAGCUCAGCUCCGCAAGAACCUGCACUACCCACUCUACCCACACUCUAGAACCACUGUAAAGAAGCUGGCUGUUUCUCCUAGAUGGACCAACUAUGGCCUCAGGAUCUUUGGCUAUCUCCACCCCUAUACUGACGGUGAGUUUGUGUUUGCGGUGAGCUCUGAUGAUAACUCUGAGUUCUGGCUGAGCCGGGAUGACUCUCCACUCAACCUGCAGCUACUGACCUGGAUCGGCAAGACUGGCAUGGAGUGGACGGCACCAGGUGAGUUUGGGAAGUACGCCAGUCAGACAUCCAGACCGGUUAGGCUGUCAGUUCAGAGGAUGUACUUCUUUGAGAUAGUCCAUAAACAGAACGACAGAGGAACAGACCACAUGGAGGUGGCGUGGCAGCUGAACCAGGAGGGUCUAAGCUUUACAGUCAUCAGCUCCAAGUACAUAUCCCUCUAUACCAAUGAGUCCGCUCUGAGGAUGAGUGACACCACUCACAUACCCCAAACGGCCGCCAGUCACACCCGCACGCCUAGCAACCAGCCUGACAACCAGCUGAGCAGCCAGCCUGUGGCCGACAUGCGGAGAGUUGACCCACGGGACACCCUCUACCAGAUCCCUGCCCUAGACAGUAGGUACCUCCGUGGUGUGUUACCUGACUGCUCCUAUAAACCAAGCUACAUCAUCAAAGGCUUCCCUCUGUUGCGAUACCAGGGUCUGCAGUUUGUCCACAUGUCCUACAUCUACCCCAAUGACUACACACGGCUCACACAGAUGGAGACAGAAAACACCUGCUUCUACCACAACAGUCCCCUAGACCUGGACAGGUAUGGCUUUUCCAGGUACAUGCGGCUGGAUGAGCCAGAGGGGCAGGAGGGAGAGAACAGAGCCAGAGAGAUUGGCAUCUUGAUGAGGAGAAAGGCGGUCCCAGAGGAGGGGUUAGAUGGCGAGGCUCCUCCAAAUGUGGGAGGGGCUAGUGAGACAGACCACACCCCUCCUGACUAUGGAGACGACUAUGUCGAUUACGCCAAGAGACGACGACGCAAACUCUUCUCCCUGCCACAGGCCGACAGGGCACCUACACAUAGAAACAUGUCUGAUACUCUCACAUACAAGAAGAGGAGGAGGAGGAAGAGGAGAGGUUCUAAUGCAGCAGCUGUAGUCCAGACCAGAGCAACAGAACUGGAUGGGUUAGAGAUCCCUCAUGGUCCUGGGUCACAUAAACCUAUACAGAAUACACCAGAAGAAAAGCUGAGAUCAGCAGACAGACCAGCAGAUAGACCAGUUGAACAGCUCAGACCAGCACAAAAAAAAAAGUCCCGAACAGGGGAACAGAAACCAGGAGGGAAUCCAGCAGACAGAGAAGAUCUGGGUCCAGCAGACCAAAAUCAACCCAGACCAAGAGAGGGAUCAGCAGAACAGAACUCAACUGGGUUAAAUAUUUUACCUUCACCACAAAAACUAGACCAGAACAUGCCAACAGACAGAGACAGACCAGCAGAGAGAUACAGACCAGCAGAGAGAGACAGACCAGCAGAGAGAGACAGACCAGCAGACAGAGAAAAGCUAGCAGACAGACCAGCAGACGGACUAGCAGACAGAUCAGCAGACAGAGACAGACCACAAGUUCGGCUACCCCAGCUGCAAGGGAGGCACCGGCGCGUUCAACAGCCUGGUCAGAGGGGUGGGACUAAGAUUAAAACUGUGACUAGGAAGAGAGUCCAGGACCUAGAUACAGAUAUCAUCCUCCGAGCACAAACACAUAUAAACUCACGACCGCAACCUGACUAUGACAACACAGUCCACAGGGCUCUUCCCCCUGGCGAGGUCAGAGGAAGGAACCAUCUGGUUGAAGGGAUUGACAGAGGGGGGGAGGGUGAGAGAAAGGGGGAGGAGAUGGGUGUGAGUGAGUCUUUAUGGAGUCUGGGGGGAGACUCUGAAGAGGAGGAGGGGCUGGCUUAUGACUCCACGCCUCCACCGGUGUUUGACCCUGAGGUGAACUGGGCUCAGACAUUCCAGGUGACCCCUGUUAUCCUCCAGCGUUCUGAUUGGAUAGACCUAAGCUGUAACGUGUCUGGUAACCUGCUGCUCCGCCCUAGUGAUGCUCUGCCUGUCGUCAAUGCCUUCAUGGACAAACUAAACCACAGACACAACAGGCAUUUCUCCCUGGUGCGUGUGCUGAAUGUUGAGAGGAAAGUGGAUGGGAUUCAGGGCAGCAGGUACUUCCUGGAGCUGGAGCUAAGGGACAUGACUGGCCAACACCUUCGUCUGUCACACUACAUCUAUGCUCUGAUUCGCCAUAAUCGAUCUCGCCCCAGGGGAGUCCUUCGCCGUGCCCCUGAGACGUUGCUAUGCAAGCCUCUAGGCUUCCACUGGAACCCGACUGCCACUGUACACUUCAUAGUACCAGUAAAGAACCAGGCCCGCUGGGUGCAGCAGCUGAUAGUUGACAUGGAGGGUCUGUACCACACCACUGGAGACCCCUACUUCAACCUCAUCAUCACUGACUACAACAGCACUGACAUGGAUAUAGAGGCAGCACUAAAGGCAUCCACGCUGCACAGGUACCAGUACGUGAAGCUGAGUGGAAACUUUGAGCGUUCCGCUGGUCUACAGGCUGGCAUCGACCUCAUCACUGAUGAGCACAGUAUAGCGUUUCUGUGUGACCUUCACAUCCACUUCCCCCCCUCCAUCAUCGACUCAGUCAGGAAACACUGUGUGGAGGGACACAUGGCCUUUGCCCCCAUCGUCAUGAGACUGGACUGUGGGGCUACGCCCAAGGAGCCCAGAGGUUACUGGGAGGUGAAUGGGUUUGGUCUGCUGGGGAUCUAUAAGUCUGACCUGGAUGCAGCAGGAGGCAUGAACACACACGACUUCACUGACCGCUGGGGCGGGGAGGACUGGGAGCUGCUGGACAGGAUUCUGCAGUCGGGUCUGGAGGUGGAACGUAUCUACCUGAGGAACUUCCUGCAUCACUACCAUUCUAAACGUGGCAUGUGGAACCGGCGCACUCAACGCAGUGGCACGUAGCCCACAACCACACAGCCAAAUUGUACAAUGAUGCAGCCAUAACCCACUACGACGCAGCUGUAACUCACGACGACACAUCCGUGGCCACAAGGAAAUCAAGGAAACUGGCGCACUUUAAUGUCCCCACUCCUCGCAUCAGCCAUUUACAGCUGUCGACUGGUUAACGAGAGGGCAGGACAGAGAAGAUUCCUGACAUACCAUUGGGUGAUAUCUCCUGUCAUUCAAACUGUUUGAGGGUGUGGUGAUUAUGAAAUACAGAACAUAGUACUAACUGUCCUGGAAGAAGACACUCCUGAACUAGUGCCGAGGUACUUAAAUCUUAACAUGGAGGUCCACAGUACUACUGGUUAGCCAGAGUCCACUCACCCAAGUCUGAGUCAGUACACACACACACACACACACACACACACACACACACACACACACACAUCUUGUUAAAUAUCAGUGAUCAUACAGUAUUUGUAUGUAAUCAGGACCUUGCUUAUUUAUUGACAAUGACAGGGUGCACCAAUGUUACACUUUAUUCUACCAGUGUAAUACUUCAUUUCAGUUUAAAACAUGGUUUUAUUAAUAUAAUUAAUUAAGAUGGGGGAAAAAGGGAUGACUUCUGAUAGAAGAGACUAUUAUUGAGGCAUGGGGGGCUUACUGUACUGGAUGGGGAUAUUUCCCUUAAAGCAAUGUGCAUCAUGAAGCCCUGAAUUCACCCGAGUGCUUGCUGCAUAGCUCUACUACCUCAGAGCUCUACCACUGACUCUUGGAUGUGACAUUGUGCCUAUUGAAUGUGUCCUUCAAAGCGCUGUCCAUUUAAUUCUCUAUGGAUUAUACUUAAGAGGAUCCCGCACCCAAAGGCUUUGGGAGAUAUUUUAUGCAAGUUAACAAUUUUUUAUGCAACACUGCGCCUUCUCUACAGCUCCUCUAAAAUGAGAAAACUUUUGGAAUUGGGAAGUACAACCUGAACAUGUCAGUUAAAAAUGCUAAAUGUUGUUUUCUAUUUCACAAUAGGAUUAGGAGUAUCACAGGACCUUGUAUAUACAGUUGAAGUCGGAAGUUUACAUACACUUAGGUUGGAGUCAUUAAAACUAGUUUUUCAACCACUCCA